CCUCCCCAACCAGCGGUCUAUCUGGCUCACGGACAUUUCUUUCUUUUUCUCCUCCAUUGGACCUUUUCCCCUCUGUUCCCCGUAUUUCCUUUUCUCCGCCCCGUUCUAGCGACCUCCUCCUGCUGUCUUUGGCCUCUCCCCGGAUUUCCCCGCAUUGUCGCCAUGCCCGUCUCCUCACGUUAUCCCCCGGUUCAAAUUCCGGACGUUGAUGUCUGGUCUUUUCUUUUCGAGCGGGAAGAUCGGGCUUUCCCAGACGAUAAUGUUAUCUACCAGGAUGCAGACACACAGCGAUCGUAUACCUAUCAGCAAGUCAAAGAUGCAGCCCUUUCCUUCGGCAAGGGUCUCAAAGCCACCUUCGACUGGAAGAAGGGAGACGUGCUGGCCCUAUUUACCCCCAACAGCAUCGACACCCCGGCCGUGAUGUGGGGAGCUAUCUGGGCCGGCGGCAUCGUCUCCCCAUCCAACCCAGCCUAUACAGCUGAAGAGCUGGCCUUCCAGCUGAAGAAUUCCGGUGCCAAAGUCCUGAUCACCCAAGCACCGCUUCUCCCGGUAGCCACGGCUGCCGCAAAAGAAGCCGGCAUUCCCGAGGACCACAUCAUUCUCAUUGGCGACCAGCGGGAUCCGCAAGCUCGAACCAAGCAUUUCACCUCCAUCCGCAAUAUCUCUGGGGCCACACGCUUUCGCAAGACGAAGAUCGACCCAUCCCGCGACCUAUCUUUCUUGGUCUACUCCUCGGGUACGACGGGCGUACCCAAGGGCGUGAUGCUCUCCCACCGUAACAUUAUCGCCAACGUCCUCCAGCUCUCCGCGGGUGAAGCAGGCAAUCUCACCUGGAAUGGUGGCGCAGACGGCAAAGGAGAUCGCGUUCUAGCCUUCCUUCCCUUCUUCCACAUCUACGGCCUGAACUGCCUCGUCCACCAGACUCUAUACCAAGGCUACCAACUCCUGGUAAUGACCAAGUUUGACAUCGAGAAAUGGUGCUCCCACGUUCAAAACUACCGCAUCACAUUCAGCUACGUCGUCCCUCCCGUUGUCCUCCUCCUGGGCAAACACCCCAUCAUCGACAAAUACGACCUCUCCACCCUCCGAAUUCUCAACUCCGGCGCCGCCCCCCUCACCCAAGAGCUCGUCGAAGCCGUCUACGCGCGCAUAAAAUGCGGCAUCAAACAAGGCUACGGCCUCAGCGAAACCAGCCCCACAACACACACCCAACCCUGGGAAGAAUGGCGCACGAGCAUCGGCUCCGUCGGUAAACUCCUCCCCAACAUGGACGCCAAAUACAUGACCAUGCCCGAAGACGCCUCCGACCCCGUCGAAGUCCCCGCCGGCCAAGUCGGCGAACUAUACAUGCGCGGCCCCAACAUCUUCCAAGGUUACCACAACAACCCCUCCGCCACCGCAGACUGCCUCACCCCAGACGGAUGGUUCCGCACCGGCGACGUCGGCUACCAAGACCCCCAAGGCAACUUCUACAUCACCGACCGCGUCAAGGAACUAAUCAAAUACAAUGGCUUCCAAGUCGCCCCCGCCGAACUAGAAGGAAUCCUCCUCGACAACGACGCCAUCGACGACGUCGCCGUCAUUGGCCUCGAAAGCGAAGCCCACGGCACCGAGGUCCCGCUCGCGUACGUGGUCCGGAGCGCAAAGAGUCUCAACUCGGGUGUCGACGGCCCUCAAGAAGCAGCAAACAUCGUGAAAUGGAUCGACGCCAAAGUCGCAUAUCAUAAACGGUUGAGGGGAGGCGUGACUUUUGUAGACGAAAUCCCCAAGAGCCCGAGCGGUAAGAUUCUUAGACGCUUGUUGAAGAAGAAGGCAAAGGAGGAGGGUCUGGGCGUGGGUGCUGCUGGGCCGAAGGCUAAGUUGUGAGGCAGACCUUCAUGCUUUUCAUACUCCCUCCUUUCUUUUUUUUGUUUUACUUUCGGGUUAAUUGAUCAUGUGAAUAAAAUCUUGUGUAGAAGGACGUUGUACAUAAUUACAUCUAAUGAUGGUAUUUAUCAUGGUUUGGG